CGCAGGGUCGCGUUGGGGAACCAUCGCGGCGCUUGGGGCCCGGUGGACGGAUAGGUGGGAGUCGGCGCCGCCUCGGCCGCUUCCCUCGGUGCGGGGGCGGGAGCACCCCUAGACGGCUGGCGGCCGCCCUGUUGCCUUCCUGCAUGCUGGACCCGGUCGUUGGUACCCCCUGUCCUUUCGUUGUCUACGCUGCGGUCUUGUAAAUGUUUUUUUGGGGCCAGAGUCUGGGUAUCUAUGAAUGCAAAUCCGUGUUUGUUCACAACUAAGCCCAGCUGAGACGAUCACUUUUCUGUAGGCCAUUUGCCCAGGUACAGAAUGAGCACAUGUUGUUGGUGUACACCAGGUGGUGUUUCCACCACUGACUUCCUAAAGCACUAUGCGUCCAACACUCGAUCCAGCGAAUUUCAAACAGCCAAUGAAGACCUCUGCUACUGUUUAGAGUGUGUAGCUGAAUACCACAAAGCAAGAGAUGAAUUGCCAUACUUGCAUGAGGUUUUAUGGGAGUUAGAAACCUUACGUCUCAUAAAUCACUUUGAAAAAUCCAUGAAGGCAGAAAUUGGAGAUGAUGAUGAAUUAUAUAUAGUAGACAACAAUGGGGAGAUGCCACUGUUUGACAUUACUGGACAAGACUUUGAAAAUAAGCUUCGAGUUCCUCUUCUUGAAAUACUGAAAUAUCCUUACUUGCUUCUACAUGAACGUGUUAAUGAGUUAUGUGUUGAAGCACUUUGUCGGAUGGAACAAGCCAAUUGCUCCUUUCAGGUGUUUGACAAACAUCCAGGGAUCUAUUUGUUUUUGGUCCAUCCCAAUGAAAUGGUUCGGCGUUGGGCUAUCUUGACUGCAAGAAACUUGGGGAAAGUGGACAGAGAUGAUUAUUAUGACUUACAAGAGGUUUUAACUUGCCUUUUUAAAGUCAUUGAGUUGGGGCUUUUGGAGAGUCCAGACAUUUAUACUUCUUCUGUCCUCGAGAAGGGUAAACUGAUUCUUCUGCCCUCACACAUGUAUGAUACUACCAACUACAAAAACUAUUGGUUAGGUAUUUGCAUGUUGCUGACCAUUCUUGAGGAACAAGCUAUGGAUUCACUAUUGUUGGGCUCAGACAAACAAAAUGAUUUUAUGCAGUUAAUACUUCACACCAUGGAGAGGCAAUCAGAUGAUGAUAGUGUGGAUCCUUUCUGGCCAGCAUUACACUGUUUUAUGUUGAUUCUGGAUCGUCUUGGAUCUAAGGUCUGGGGUCAACUUAUUGAUCCUAUUGAAGCAUUUCAAACCAUUAUCAACAACACAAGCUACAAUAGAGAGAUUCAGCAUAUACGGAACAGCUCUGUAAGGACCAAGGUAGAACCGGAGUCAUAUUUGGAUGAUAUGGUGACGUGCAGCCAGAUUGUAUACAAUUUUAAUCCUGAAAAGACCAAAAAGGAUUCUGGAUGGAGAACAGCCAUUUGCCCAGAUUAUUGUCCUAACAUGUAUGAAGAAAUGGAAACGUUAGCCAAUGUACUUCAGUCGGAUAUUGGCCAAGACAUGCGUGUUCAUAACAGCACAUUUUUAUGGUUCAUACCUUUUGUUCAGUCCCUCAUGGAUCUUAAGGAUUUGGGUGUGGCUUACAUAGUAGAGGUUAUUCAUCAUCUGUACUCUGAAGUCAAAGAUGUCCUCAACCAAACAGAUGCCGUCUGUGACAAAGUCACUGAAUUUUUUCUUCUAAUUUUGGUAUCAGUGAUUGAACUGCAUAGAAAUAAAAAAUGUUUGCAUUUGCUCUGGGUAAGUUCCCAACAAUGGGUGGAAGCUGUUGUCAAAUGUGCCAAGCUUCCUACCACUGCAUUUGCACGGAGUUCUGAGAAAUCAUCUGGAAAUUGCUCCAAAGGAACAGCAAUGAUAUCAUCACUGUCGUUGCAUUCAAUGCCAUCUAACUCUGUACAACUUGCUUGUGUGCAGCUGAUUAGAAGUCUCCUUAAAGAAGGUUAUCAGCUUGGGCAGCAUUCUCUUUGCAAGCGAUUCUGGGAUAAGCUUAACUUAUUCCUUAGAGGAAAUUUAUCUCUAGGUUGGCAGUUGACUAGUCAGGAAACCCAUGAGCUACAAACUUGCUUAAAGCAAAUUAUUAGAAACAUAAAAUUUAAAGCACCUCCAUGUAAUACUGUUGUGGAUCUGACUUCUACAUGUAAAACCUCUCCUGCAUCUUAUAAUAAAGAAGAAAGUGAGCAAAUAGGGAAGAAGCCUAGAAAAGAUACGCAUUGUUGGGGAGAGUCCAGCCCAACGUUUUCUAAAGAACCAGUGAAAGUGCAAGACAAUGUAUUGAUCAAAGCAGAUAACAGUAUAGAAGGUGACAAUAAUGAGCAAAAUUCUAUAAAGGAUGUAAAACUAGAAGACCAUCUCUCAGCUGGGUCAUGCUUAAAGCGGAGUAGUAAAAACCAUUUUACUGAAAGAGCUGAAGGUCCAAUUAAAAUAAGUACAAGGAAGUCUGUAAAAGAGAAUUCUUCAUAUACACCAAAGGAUUGUACUUCAAGAAAUGGUCCAGAAAGGGGAUGCGACAGAGGAAUAAUAGUAUCAACACAUUUAUUGACUGAUUCUAGUACUGAUGCUUUGGAAAAAGUGUCCGCAUCAAAUGAAGAUUUGUCUUUAAAGGGCAAUGGUCUUGCUAAAACCUCAAAACGAAAAACUAAGGUACAGAAAGAUGAAAUCCGUGCAAAGUUAUCACAUGUAAUAAAGAAGCAUCACAGGAAGAGUACUUUGGUCAAUAAUGCUAUCAAUUUAGAUGAAAAUCUGACUAUAUCUAACAUUGAGAGUUUCUAUUCAAGGAAAGACACAGGAGUUCAGAAAGGAGAUGGUUUCAUACACAAUCUUUCUUUAGACACUAGUGGUGUUCUGGAUGGUGAUAAGAAUGGAGAACAAAAAUCUCAGAACAAUUUAUUGCCAAAAGAGAAACAAUUAAAGAAUGCAGAGUUAGAUAUUUUCUCUUCCCGUGAAAACAAUUGUAAAAUACAGGAAUGUCAUGUUGAUAAAGAUUUGAUCCCCUUUACAGAAAUGACCGAUACUUUAGUGAAGAAAACUUUAGUGAAGAAAUCAUCUUCCUUUAACGAUCUUAUGACUGUACCUGAAUCAAGAGAUAAGGAGAUGAGUAAUAAUACGAAUCUGAUUUCUUUUAGCUUGACAAGAGAACAGGCCCCUGUUAUCAGUCCUAAAUCUGACGCCUUAACGGAUUCUCAGAUAGACAGAGACCUUCACAAAUUAUCUUUAAUAGCUCAAGCCAGCGUUAUUAAGUUUCCAUCAGAUUCACCUCAGCACUCAUCCCAGCUACAAAGGAAAGUGAAAGAACAUAAAAGAUGUUUCACAGCUAACCAAAAUAAUGUUGGAGAUACCUCCUGUGGACAGGUUAUUAUUAUUUCAGAUUCUGAUGAUGAUGAUGAAACAGUCCUGAGUCUUGAGAAACUCACUAAACAGGACAAAAUAUGCAUUGAGAAGGAAAGCCCAGGGCAGCACGUUUCAAUAGUUAAUAGUAAGGAGGAGAAGAAUCCAGUAAAGGAAGAAAAGACAAAGUCUCUUUUGCAGCUUGAGGAAUGUGAUUCUCAGUGUUUUGAGUUCGAAAGUCCAUUUGAAGUGUUUUCAGUUUGGCAAGAUAAUCUAGACAAUAAUAAUUCAGUUCAAGAUGAUGAGAAAAAUUGUUUGACUCAUGUAGCCAAUAUCACAAAUGAUCAGGGUUGUACAGAUUAUGUAUCUGAAGUUGUUAAAAAAGGAGCAGAGGGCAUUGAAGAACACGUGAGACGACAGAACAGUAGCAUUUCUGUUGAGGAAUUUUGUGAAAUUGAAGUAAAAAAGCCUAAGAGAAAACGAUCUGAAAAACCAAUGGCUGAAGAUCUUGUGAGGCCUUCAUCUUCUGUCAUAAAUGAGGGCCAGUCUGAUACUAACAAGAGAGAUCUUGUUGGAAACGAUUUUAAAAGCAUAGCUGGAAGGACUGCAACUACCAAUUCAAGUAUUCAGAGAGCCACUACGGUUUCACAAAAGAAGUCGUCAAGGCUUUGUACUUAUUCAGAACCUGUCAAGAAAGUUCCAGUUUCUAAGAACCCUAAGAAAACGCAUUCAGAUGCCAAAAAAGGACAGAAUAAGAGUUCCAGUUACCUAAGUUGUAGGACAACUCCUGCUAUAGUGAUACCAAAGAAAUUUCGUCAGUGUCCUGAACCAACUUCAACAGCUGAGAGACUUCGCCUGAAAAAGGCUCCUCGUAUGGCAUUUGAGUUGUCCCAGAGAUCAUUAGAUUAUUUAGCUCAAUUACGUGAUCAUGGCAGAGCUGUUGGGGUAGUUGAUGCUCCAAAAAAGACUAAAUUAAUUCCUCCUCAGAACCUGUCUGUCAGAAAUAAUAAGAAACUGCUGAUUAGUCAAGAACUUCAGAUGCGAAGGCAGAUGAGACCCAAAUCACAAAAAAAUAGAAGAGGACUUUCUGGUUGUAAAAGUACCGAUGCUACAAGAACAGGUUCUGUGCAUACAGCACAGAAAUCUGACACAUCUGUACCAGAAUCUGAUAGGUCAGAUUAUAGUUGUACAGGAGGAACUGAGGCUCUUGCCAGCAGUAAUGGGAAACAGAUAAUAAAAUGCGUGCCUUCUGAACCAGAAACCACAAAAGCAAAACAUGGAUCUCUAGUGACUGAUGAUGUUUGCCUUUUGAACCAGUGUGAUUCUGUAGUGUUAAAUGGAACAAUACCAAUAAAUGAAGUAAUUGUCGCUACUUCAGAGGACCCUCUAGGUGGAGGUGAUCUGUCGGUACAUCAUAUAGAAACGACAACUUUGAAAGAGGGAGAGCCUGACCCCAGCAGUGAUACAGAGGAAGAUAACUUAUUUUUAACACAACAUGAUCCUGAAGAUAUGGAUUUGUGUUCGCAAAUGGAGAAUGAUAAUUAUAAAUUCAUUGAACUAAUUCAUGGAAAAGAUACAGUUCAGGUUGAAGAAGAUUCUGUAAAUCGGCCUCAGUUGGAAUCUUUGAUUGGCACAAAGUGUAAGUACAAAGAUUGUGUUGAAGCCACGAAAAAUCAGGGUGAAUACUGCUCGGAACACUCUGAAGUGAAAGCAGCAGAUGAAGAUGUAUUUCGUAAACCUGGCUUGCCUCUUUCUGCAUCUAAACCUUUGAGACCUACCACUGCUAAGAUUUUUAGCUCAAAGAGUACUUCACGAAUUGCUAGUCUUUCUAAAUCUUUGGAAUCUUCUCCACCAUCUCUAAAAAAUAAAUCAAAUGGGAUACAGUCAAUUUUGAAAGUACCACAGCCAACUCCCCUUGUAUCUCAGAAGCCAGUGGGUGAAAUGAAUUCAUGCAACAUUCUUCAGCCUCAGUCUCCGAAUAAUUCCAGGCAAGGUUGCAAAGUUGCAUUUGGCGAAAGCAAAUAUUUUCCAUCUUCCUCUCCAGUAAACAUUUUCUUGACAUCGCAGUCUGUGUCUGACACCUUCGUUAAAGAGGUCUUAAAAUGGAAAUACGAAAUGUUUUUGAACUUUAAUCAGUGUGGGCCCCCUGCAAGCCUUUGUCAGUGCAUCUCAAGACCUGUGCCUGUCAGAUUUCACGAUUGUGGAGAUUAUUUUAGUGUUUUUUUCCCUUUGAUGGUGUUGAAUACUUUUGAAACAGUGGCACAGGAAUGGCUUACCUCUCCAAAUAAAGAGAAUUUCUAUCAGUUGCAAGUACGAAAAUUUCCUGCCGAUUAUAUAAAAUACUGGGAGUUUGUGGUUUAUCUGGAAGAAUGUGAACUGGCUAAACAACUUUAUCCAAAGGAAAACGAUUUGGUGUUUUUAAUUCCUGAGAGAAUAAAUGAAGAGAAGAAAGAUACAGAGGGAAAUGACAUGCAAGAUCUCCGUGAAUAUCAUUGUGGCUAUGUUCAUAAAUUCCGCCGCACUUCAGUCAUGCGUAAUGGAAAAUUUGAGUGUUACCUUUCCAUCCAGACUCAAGAGAACUUUCCGGCCAAUUUAAACGAACUUGUGAAUUGUAUUGUAAUCAGUUCUCUGGUGACUACACAAAGGAAGUUGAAAGCCAUGUCUCUGUUGGGUAGUCGGAACCAACUGGCUAGAGCUGUUCUGAAUCCAAACCCUAUGGACUUCUGUACAAAAGAUUUACUAACUACAACAUCUGAGAGAAUUAUUGCCUACUUAAGAGAUUUCAAUGAAGACCAAAAGAAAGCAAUAGAAACUGCAUAUGCUAUGGUGAAACACUCACCAUCAGUUGCCAAAAUCUGCCUGAUUCAUGGACCACCUGGAACAGGAAAAUCAAAAACAAUUGUUGGCCUCCUUUAUCGCCUACUGACAGAGAACCAGAGGAAGGGGCAUUCAGAUGAAAAUUCCAAUGCCAAAAUCAAACAAAACCGUGUCCUCGUGUGUGCACCUUCCAACGCAGCUGUUGAUGAACUCAUGAAAAAAAUUAUUCUUGAAUUCAAAGAAAAAUGUAAAGACAAGAAGAAUCCUUUAGGAAACUGUGGAGAUAUCAAUUUAGUACGACUGGGCCCAGAAAAGUCUAUUAAUAACGAGGUUCUAAAGUUCAGUUUGGACAGCCAAGUAAACCACAGAAUGAAAAAAGACUUACCUUCUCAUGUUCAGGAGAUGCAUAGAAGAAAGGAAUUUCUAGAUUAUCAGUUGGAUGAACUUUCCCGGCAGCGAGCUCUCUGCCGAGGUGGACGGGAAAUACAGAGGCAAGAAUUAGAUGAAAAAAUUUCCGAAGUUUCUAAGGAAAGGCAGGAACUUGCUUCUAAAAUUAAAGAGGUUCAAGGACGCCCACAGAAAACACAGAAUAACAUCAUCUUAGAGUCCCAUGUCAUCUGCUGCACAUUGAGCACAAGUGGUGGUUUACUACUUGAAUCUGCUUUUCGUGGGCAAGGGGGUGUCCCCUUCAGCUGUGUCAUUGUUGAUGAGGCUGGACAGUCUUGUGAAAUUGAGACUCUUACUCCACUCAUUCAUCGCUGCAACAAGCUUAUCCUAGUAGGAGAUCCUAAACAGCUCCCUCCCACAGUCAUCUCUAUGAAAGCACAGGAGUAUGGCUACGACCAGUCAAUGAUGGCUCGCUUCUGCAAACUGCUGGAAGAGAAUGUAGAACACAACAUGAUCAGCAGGCUGCCUAUUUUACGGCUUACUAUUCAGUACAGGAUGCAUCCAGACAUAUGUCUCUUCCCUUCCAAUUAUGUUUAUAACAGAAACUUAAAAACAAAUAGACAAACAGAAACCAUUCGGUGUUCAUCAGACUGGCCAUUUCAACCAUACCUUGUGUUUGAUGUCGGAGAUGGUUCAGAAAGACGGGAUAAUGACUCAUAUGUAAAUGUUCAAGAAAUAAAACUGGUGAUGGAACUAAUUAAGCUAAUUAAAGACAAAAGAAAGGAUGUCACUUUUCGAAACAUUGGCAUAAUAACUCACUACAAGGCCCAGAAGACGAUGAUUCAGAAGGAUUUGGACAAAGAGUUCGAUAGAAAAGGACCAGCAGAAGUAGAUACUGUGGAUGCAUUCCAGGGUCGGCAGAAGGAUUGCGUGAUUGUUACAUGUGUCAGAGCAAAUACCAUGCAAGGUUCAAUUGGGAAUUCUUCUGUGCCCAGUACCCUGUAUUGGGACAGAGAAUUCCUGGCAAGUUUGCAGAGAUUGAAUGUUACCAUCACACGAGCCAAGUACAGCCUCUUCAUCCUCGGACAUUUGAGGACCCUGAUGCAACUUCCUAGGAGCUUUUGUGUACACGUGAACUAUUCGCCUUUUUUCAGCCCAGAACCCAAGUGUCUACACUGGGCUCUCAAGGAAAACCAGCAUUGGAAUCAGCUGAUUCAGGAUGCUCAGAAGCGUGGCGCCAUUAUUAAGACCUGUGACAAAAACUAUAGACACGAUGUAACGAAGAUUCUGAAACUCAAGCCUGUGCUGCAGAGAAGUCUCACUCACCCUCCUGCCAUAGCCCCAGAGGUGUCCAGGCCACAGGGUGGCUUACCCAGCCCUAAGCUAGACAGUGGAUUUGCUAAGACAUCUUUUGCUGCCUCUCUAUACCACACACCCUCCGACUCCAAGGAAGCUCCUCUCACUGUUAUUUCAAAGGACCCUGAAAGACCUCCUGUUCAAGACCAACUUCGGGACCCACGACUGCUGAAGAGGAUGGGCGUUGAGGUCAAAGGAGGAAUAUUCCUAUGGGAUCCACAACCCUCGAGCCCCCAGCAUCCUGGAGUAACACCGCCUGCAGGAGAGCCAGGCUUCCCUGGCGUUCACCAGGACCUGGGUAACGUACUACAGCCCUCUGCUCUAGCGGCUGCUCUGAGCAGCCUCAGACCUCCUGUGCAGGGUGAACCUCCAACUGCCAGCACCGAGGCUUCCACGUGUCAGAGCAAAUGUGAUGACCCGGAUGGGGAGCUCUGUCAUAGGAGAGACGCUAGGGCUUUCAGUGAAGGGGAGCAGGAGAACUGUGGUUCUGAGACCCAUUAUACCAAGAGGAACUCUCGCUGGGACAAGAGGAGACUGGAGAAGGAGGAAAGCAAUUCCAAGAAAAGAAAGCUUUUAUAGGAAAGCCAGAUGCCAUGGACUAGCAGCCACAGCAUACUGUCAACUGAAGAUGACCAGCAGGAGGCCAUCUAGAUAAGCUUAUUUGUUUUUCUUAAGGAGUUUGUGUGCUGUUGGAAAACAUGGAGAAUGCAUCUUUAACACCAGAGCCUCUGGUCAUCUUCAGUACUUCCUGUCAUUUGCAAAAGCUUUCAGAGGGCAUUGUGUAUCAGUAAUAAUGUCCUUGAAGUCAGACUGGAAAUGUUGAUCUCUUACUCUUCUGUAGACAAGGAGGUCAGCCUGGAGUGAAUGUUGUAAAGGUUGAAAUGUAUAUUUGUAUAGCAAAUAACAAAAUUCUUUUAAAAUUUAAUCUAGUAGACUGCCUUCCUUUCCCCUGUUUAAAAUGUUAGACAUUUUUCAACAGAACAAACUUUAUAUUAAAAAGAUGGGAGGAGGGCAGGUCCUUUCAACCAUUGUUACGGCAAGACAGGUGGAUUUAACAGCCUAGUUUGGAAUGAGCUGAGUUAGCGCUGGUGGGUGAGAAGUCUCUAGUUCUGUUUACAACAACAACAGCACUGGAGUCUGCUGGGGGACACUUCGGGCAGCACAGUUAUGUUAGGUAAAGUCCUGCUGACAUGGUGCAUUUUUAGAUGCAGUACGUUGGCCCCAGGGUAUUAUAUUUCUGUGAUGAGCUCCUUUCCUGUUUUAGUAUGCACAUAGUUCCCUAGCUGAAACUCCUAAUCUUCUUGAAAGAGAAGAAUAUGGAAUGAAAGAAUAAUUCUUGAACUAUCAUUCAAAUGCUCCUAGCAUAUUGUGAGCUUUGUGUGACUGGUGAGGUACAGACAUGGUUGCCAAAUGCUAGAUGAGCACUGGGUCAGCUGUGGAAGAAUCUCCUCAGCUUGCAGAUUGUCAGACAGAUCUAAGUAGUUGCCCAGAAAGCCUGGGGAGCUGUGUGUUCAACAUUUCCAAGGGAUUCUGGUCACCAGGCAGCUUGGGAACCACUGGGGCAGGCCAACUAGAAUAUUUCAGGUGGGAAAGAAGCUCCCGGUUUAAAGGGUAACAAAGAGGAGUUCUGAACUGGGAGGAGAGUUGGCGACUUCCUGUGAUCUUAAGAAAUCAUCUACCUGGUGAAAAUACAUGCUGUUUAGAGUAUCUGAUGGGUGUUUUCAGCUACUGUUAGAGGUAAUAGUGCUUUUGGUGGUGGUGGGGAGGGGGAUUGGCCAUGGUGAAUCGAGAUUGAGGAGGCUCGGGACAAGUGAGCGGCUGCCUGAUUUUGUCCAAUUUUCUAAACAUCCACACUGAAUUUGGAGUCUCCUAAACAUGAGACUGUAUAGUUGAUAGUUGUAGUAACUAGGGGUCUGCAGUGAAUGCUCUGCAGCCCCUUACCUCAUUUGGGGGUAGGCAAAUAGCUGAAGAUUCAUGUGCACUAUUUGACAUUUUCCUUAUCAUCUGCUUUUUAAGCAAAAGAGGAUUUUGUGUUAGAAAUUCUACUUGAGCAGAUUAUAAAGAGCUUUUGGUUGUCAAAAGUUUGAACAUUCUAUUUCAUUACCUGUGUCCCUCUCGCUGGUGUCUGGACAUCUGACUAAUGUCAACUGAACAUUUCUGAAACCCAGGGAACAGGUAACUGCUUAGUCCCCACAGUCAGCCUCUGCUUCCUGUUUGGCGGUGGGGAGUUUGUCUUUGGCCAUGCAGCGUGCGAAAGUUCAGGACGGGCAGGGACAGCCCCACUCUGUCUGGGUCUGGGGCUCCUAUCAGCCUUUUCCAUGUGCCUUUGGGAAGAAAUCUCAAUGUUACUUUAUUUUUCUGUUAUCUUGGUGAAGUGCCCGUUUUAGCAGAACACUUGUAGUGUGACCACUUAGGGAAUGUGCAAACCCCUAAACUUCUACAGGGAGUCGUGGCUCAGGAUGUCUCCACACUGCUUAUGCUAAUAUUACUAACUCGUGAUUUGAGAAAUAAGUUUUUUCUAAAAUGCAUAUUUCACUGCCACACACUGAACAAUACUAUUUCCGGUUAUGUUUGAUGCCUGUUCUUACAUUGUGCUCACUUGUUGGUUGCCCUCUCACCGCAUCUGAUUAUGCAAGGAUUAGUAGAACAACUUCACCCUUUCAAAAAACGAGCCUGUGUCCUGUGAUGGCCUCUCACAGAGGAAUGCAGUUGUACCUGACAUUACUUUUGAAACUUCACUUGUUCCAGUUGGUACAAGAAUUUGCCGAAAUUAUCUCAUAUGUUUACUGUGGUCCCUCUCGAUGUGGCUGUCAGCGCAGCAUUGUUGAACAGUGUUGUUCUUUUUACAAGGUGCAAAGUGUGGCUUUUGGCACCUUUCUUCAUCUUUGCCAUGGCAUUAGAAGAAAGUGCCCUUUCUUUCAAUAUUCAUUAUUUCAACAUGAAUAUAUGCUACUUAAAAACUUGUUUUCGUUGUAUAUAAUUUGCCUUGGAUUUAUUGUGCACUUUGUUGAGUUAUGUUUUUGUGAAUUAUCAGGAGUAAAUUUGACAAGUACAUGUGAAUAACCUGUAAAUGAAUUUUAUAACAAAAAUGUACUGAACUAUUUUUUAAAGUUGUGCAGAUUAGCAAUCUGUUGCUAUAGCUUUGACUCUUUCUAUGCUGUGAAUUCAUAGCUGGGAUUUGGCCAACAGUAGCCCUGUUGUCUUUGUUAAACCCUAAAUUUUAAGAGGAAAUGGCAGAAUUAAAAGCAGAAACGAGAAGACAGACAUGGAUUAGAAAUUAUGUAUUACUGAAGUAAACUCCAAGGUACUAACAUAA